CAAAUGUCAAAAAUUAUGAUGGUUACAGGAAAACAGGGUUGAAUAAUUUAUUUUAACUUAUUUUGUCCGUGUAUUAAAUAAUUUAUGAAUAACAGAAACGUUGUCUCGUUUUCUUACACUAUUGUAAAUUGGUAAUAUUUAUAAUUUGGUAAGUCCACGACCCGUGUGAUAAGAGAUGAUAAAAUGGCCUACGAGAAUUGGUUGAGUCGUAGGAAAGGUAAACAAAGCGGCAAUUUAUUUAAAUUGGACAGCAACAAAAGUAAUGAAGAAAAUAUAAAAGAAAUUAUUCAAGGGCUAUAUCUAAAGAAACCUUAUCAAAAUGAUGUUUCACCUACCAAUAAAAAUGUACAAUCAGAAAUUAAAUUAGGCCUCCGGGGCAUGCCAAGAAACAGUUCUGACAGCCGCAGAUUGUCCUACUUAAAUGCCUUAGUCACACUUUUAUGUAAGGAAGAUAGAUUUAAUUUGGGAUUCACUAGUGAUGAGUUAAUGACAUGUAUUCGAGUAAGCUUAGUGGAUGAAUCUAUGGUAGUAAGAGCAGCAGGUUUGAGGGUCUUACGAUAUUUAAUAAAGACUGAAAGUGACGUAGCAACUUUUAAUACACUAAAGUUGCAAUACCUUGUCACUAGAUCCAUAGACCUGAUGCUUCGUAAUGAGGAAGAACGAGCACAAGCACUUCGUGUAGUAAGAAGAGUGGUUGCUGUGGUGGGUGCCGCAGUAGGGCAAUCCAUGUUGCGUCAUCGAGCGGUUUAUGUAGACCAGGGCUUACUGCGCUGUCUUAUUGCUGUCACACGCUCAGGAAACACCGGUGACGGAACAGGGGACAGGCUAUCAAGACCUGCUAUAGCAACCCUAGCAGAAAUAUGUGUGUUAAAUCCAGAAUUGUUCAUUAUGUGUGGGGGCGUGACGGCGGUGACACGCCAGUUGGCCGAGUGCGCCACUCCCCGAAUGGCCGAAGCCCUCUGUGGGGUGUUGCUGCACACGCUAAACGACCCCGUCUCGCGGUUCGCGGCGAGAAUCGACCUCACGUGUCUCAGCUCUCCCUACUGCGACUUCCAUUUUCGACCAGCGGGGACUGACACUAGCAGAGACGAGCGCGAGAUGCGCUUCACGUGCAGCCGGCUGGCGCUGCUGUGCGCGCUGCGCAGCUGGCCGGGGCUGCUGCACUUCUGCCAGCCGCGCGGCGCCGGCCUGCCCGCGCUCGUGGCCGCGCUCUAUCUGCCGCGCCUCGAGGUCCGAAAAGCUAUACUGGAUUUGCUGUAUGAACUAGUUGGAUUGCCACAGCCAGAAUGGACAGAUGAGAUUUCGGUAGCUCUAGAUGCUGUAGAUCCAUCUGACUUCCAGGAUUCCUGGCGACUAAACGAAGGGUUUGUUGCCGCGGAAGGCACUGCCAUACUACCCCAUCUAAGCGCUACUGGACCUGAUAUUAGUGAAAUUCAUCUCGCUCUAUUGCUUCAGUGCUUUUUAGAGGCUGGAUUAUUAGACGGGUUAGCCGAAGUUAUCGUAACGAGUGACACGUUUAUAUCAGUCAGAGCGACUGUGUUACUAGGCCAACUAUUACAUUUAGUUCAUUUAUUCGUACCAUCUCAAAUAUGUAGCGUGACGCCCGCAUUACCGUCGCUGAUGUCUCAGGCGUCGGCGGGCAAGCCGCAGGCACUUGCGGCCAUCGCUGCCUUACGCAGGCUCCACUCGAUGCUUGAAGCGCGACCGGCCAGCAGCAGUUUGUUCCUAGACCACAUCAUACAGUACUGCAGCGGCGCGUUCAAAGAGAAAGUCGAGGACACCACCAAAAGCAGAAAGGAGAAAGACAACGCGAACAUGGCGAAACCCAAAAACGACAACGCCCUGCACAAAGACAACAGCAGCGAGUUUCUUGACUACUCGGACAACGAGAACGAACCGAAGAGGCAUAGCGUCGGCUCGCGCGCAGAUGUCUCCAACAGAAACGUCAGUGCGUUAGUGAAAAGCAAAAGUGUCAGUUCUCGGACUAGUGCGGCAGUGAGCAAAGUGACUAAAUCGGCCAAACUGAACAGACUCAAACUCUUCGAACGGGACAGCGAUAGUUUAAUUCGAAACACGUUAGUGAUGCAAAACAAGGACGGCAACACUUGGGAUUGGGAGAUAAUUCGGACUAUAUUGAAGGAAACCGACAGUGCUCCGUUACUGAAUCUGAACGACAGUGGUCACAGGGCGUGGGUGGGGCGCAUCAUCAACUACCUGAAGCCAUCAUCGAAUAAGUAUUCCCACACCGACCUGUCGACCACGGGCCACGGUCACUCGGCCACGCGGGCUGGUUGCCAGCUGAUAAGGCAUCUAUUGAGGCAUAAUGAUCCUGACUGCCACAGGAUGCUAGAGGAAUUGUUUUACGACGUGAGCCGUCAAAUCGAAGCGAUCGAAACCGGCAUCAAAGCCCACGGCUGCCUCUUCAGUCCUCAGCACAUGUGUAACACGAUGUGUCAGAUGUACUUCCUUUUCAUUGGGCAACUAUGCCACUCGCACACUGGCCUAAGACUUUUUAAGGAGACUAGGUUGUACGAAAAUCUGUUAGAACUAUCAACGAAAACACACCACAGUUGCUAUGUAAAGUUAGUUAUAUCAAGUUUAGACUAUACCCUGGAUUCCUAUCCUCGCGACAUUCUUGCCAAGACCCUAACCUGCAGCAUCCAAGCAUCAAGACUAUACACGACACAGUUCCUAAAUGUGUUGCUGCGGGCGUCACGAAAGUCGCACGAUUUGGUUCGGAGGAAGACGAAAUUGAAGAAGAACUUCAUUCAAGAACAAGUGAAGCCGCCGCAUAGAGACGACGGCGAUGUUAACGUCGGUGUGGAUAUGGACACGUGGAUAUUGCAGAUGUUGGUUGGACAGGUGAAGGAUGAGUCCAAACAAGUUGUGAAAACGUCGCUAGCCAUUUUAGAAGAAGCCUACAGUGUGCCUGUUUACUUCGACAAGCUGAUGUCGAUGAAAGAGGUGCUCUGUCAGAACUGCAGACUCGACAAAGCGGCGGAGCCGGGCUCGCUCGAUUUCGCAGCGGUCGGCGACAGAGGCUACCUGCUAUGGCUUGGGCUGGAAGUGGCCGCAGCCUCUCACACCUCUGAUGUCAAGUCUGUGGCCUUUCUGAAGAAACACUUGGAGUUCUGGACGAAGUUUUAUAACUACAGAUACGUGCGUCUAGUGGAAGCCAGCGUGCACGAAGCGCUAACUCUGAAUGAAGCGGCAGGUCAACGUCCUGCCCCCCGCGCCCGCCGCGCCGCGCGCCCGCCGCCCCACCUGCACGCCGCGCUGGCUGCGCGCGCGCCGCCCGGCCUAGCACGAGCUUUGUUAGCUACCGUGCUACCCAUGCAUUAUAAGAUAUUACAACGCCAAAAAUGUGCAACCGAGCAAGAGAUCGUUGACCUGAAAGCGUCACUUUGGGCAGUAGGCAAUACCGCAGUGACCCCUCAGGGUUUACAGCAGCUGAUGAAUCUGUCCAACAACUACUUAGAAGACUCAGUCCCUGUGCACAUAGUCCGCUUGGCUAAGUACAGCCCUGUAUACUCAGUUAGGGCCACGGCGUUCUAUGUGCUCGGGCUUAUAGGCAGCACUUAUGACGGAGCCAAUUUGCUUGCUGAACUAGGUUGGCUUUGCGUGAGGCACACACGACACGAUCAGUUUCCCGUGAUCCCCGAAGAGUUUUAUCCAGCUGUAUACGACUCGAGCGGCAACCAAUACUUCGUGACCUCACCCGAUCGCCGAUUCAACUACGAUGCGGAUAUCAGCGAACACUCCGACCACACAGACCAAAGCACAGCAGAAAGCCUCCACUCUGACAUAACGAAACACCUCAUCAAAGUUGGAUCUAUACUAACAGAACACGCCGAAGUGAAAGAUAUCGAUGUAGUAGACUACAAAAGCAACUUCACGAUCGAAGGUCGAAGGGAGCCGGAUAAAAGGAAAUCUCACACUUUACCCACUCAAGGCUGUAGCACGUCACACGACCGUCCGAUGCUCUCCGAGUCUCGGACUGUAGAUAUACUGAGAGACUGUUUAAAUUAUGAAAGACAGAACCGGCUGCUUAUAGGCAGGAUGAACUCCCUCGAAUAUGCCCACGAAGGUCGCGUCAGGAAUACCAGCGAGUCCAGUACCAGCGGUGUGAGCAGUUGCGAUUCGUUCCUUGGGAAAUAUGCUAUUCCUGAUAGGAUCUUGACUCUCAGUCCUAUACCGAGUUCAUCAAGUCUAUACGGCAUGAAAAGUAAUAGCAGUUCACAUCGCGCAAAGAUAUCUGAACUCCAACGACGGACAUCUACCUCAAGUUUCACUGGUCCAGAUGUGGCAAGCUCUCCGCCCAGUCAAGCAGACAUAACUGGGUUUGCGACGCUAAAGUCUUUGAACAGACGGCCUCAUUUAUCGGAAAGUGCUGCAACUGGAUCAAGUGACUUGGAUGACUUGAGCUGGCUGUUAUCAGAAAGCAACAGAAGGUCGAAACCGUUUUCCUCUCUCAGGGAUAGAGCGAAAUCUACAAGAGAAAGGAUGACGAAGUUAAGCCUUCUAGAAUACGACUGGAAGCCCCUCGGCUCAGACGCAGGGCGGCAGUCGCCGGCGCGGCCGCGGCAGAGGCGCUCCAGCGUGCCCCCGCCCGCGCCCCGCCCGCCGCCGCCGCCCGCAUACAUCGGCAUCUGUCUACCAAGGGACCUGACGGAGCUGUUCCCGAGCAUAUCACAAUAUGACUGGAAGCCCCUCGGGUCAGACGUGUGGUGGCAGUGGCGCUCCAGCGUGCCCCCUCCCGCGCCCCGCCCACCGCCGCCGCCCGCCUACAUCGGCAUCUGUUUACCAAGGGACCUGACCGAGCUGUUCCCGAGCCUAUCACAAUAUGACUGGAAGCCCCUCGGGUCGGUCGCGGGGCGGCAGAGGCGCUCCAGCGUGCCCCCGCCCGCGCCCCGCCCGCCGCCGCCGCCCGCAUACAUCGGCAUCUGUUUACCGAGGGACUUGACGGAGCUGUUCCCGAGCUUACCACAAUAUGACUGGAAAACCCACAAGUCGGACGCGGGGCGGCAGAGACGUAGCCACGUGCCUCCGUCCGCGCCCCGCCCGCCGCCGCCGCCCGCAUACAUCGGCAUCUGUUUACCGAGGGACUUGACGGAGCUGUUUCCGAGCUUACCACAAUAUGACUGGAAAACCCACAAGUCGGACGUGUGGUGGCAGAGGCGCUCCAGCGUGCCCCCGCCCGCGCCCCGCCCGCCGCCGCCGCCCGCAUACAUCGGCAUCUGUUUACCGAGGGACCUGACGGAGCUGUUCCCGAGAGAGGACGACGGAAAAGAGCGCGACGACGGCGAGGGCAAGCCGGACGGCGCGCGGCGCACGCGAGUACCUUCGUUCAUGGCUGAUUCAAGCAACGCAAGCACCGACAACAAGUCGCGCGCCACGCCGGAUAGCCAGAAACUCACCUCGUACAGAACUUCAUUAUUCGGUGCAACAGGCACCGGUAAUGUAGGAGCAAUGAACCCAAAUAGCGGAUUAGCCAAAGAGAGAGUGUUGAACUCGACGACCGUAGCCGAAAUGACUACACCGGUCGACGCUAUAAUCGAGGAGCGGUCGCAGGACAGCAGUAACAGUAGCAACACGACGACUGUUAACGCGACAAGCACGCCAGUUCCAAACGCGUCUGAUAAGACGGAUAACGUUGAGAGUAGGCCAGAGAAGGCACCAUUGGCCGGUGAGGGUGACGCGACGAAGAGCCACGCGGAUAAUGACAACAGCUUGAGCACGGCUGGGGGCGUGUCGUCGAGGAAUGUCAACAGGUGGCGCCACUCUACCUCGGAUUGCUUGGCGUGCGUGCGCACGAGGCCUCCGUCGUCGCAUGAGCUUCGCGAAAUAUUCUUUGCGGGCAUGGACGGCGCGGGGGUGGGGACAGGGACUGGGGCGGGGCCGGCGGGGGCGGGGCCUGCGGGGUCGGGGGCGGGCGAGCCUCGCAGCCCGCCCGCCAGCCCGGCGCCGGCGGAGCGCUCGCCGCACGCCGAGGUGCUGCACCACGUGCACUACAUGUCCAACCCCACGCACUUGAGACAGACUCGCUCAGCGCUGCUGUCGCUGAAGCAACGCCACCCAGACGUGUUCCGCAGUCCGUGCGUGUAUUCCGACGUGUGCGCUUUAUUAGCCCGCGACACAUACAUGCUGUGCGCGCGGCGUUUCCUGCAAGAGUUGUUCCUGGAUACAAACUUCGAGUGUUUCGCCGCGGAGCCCACCGCCUUGCUCGCUCGCCGCAUGGACGGCGCGGGGGCGGGGCCGGUGGGCGGGGGGGCGUUGGCGGGCGAGGCUCGCAGCCCGCCGGCCAGCCCGGCGCCGGCGGAGCGCUCGCCGCACGCCGAGGUGCUGCACCACGUGCACUACAUGUCCAACCCCACGCACUUGAGACAGACUCGCUCAGCGCUGCUGUCGCUGAAGCAACGCCACCCAGACGUGUUCCGCAGUCCGUGCGUAUAUUCCGACGUGUGCGCUUUAUUAGCCCGCGACACAUACAUGCUGUGCGCGCGGCGUUUCCUGCAAGAGUUGUUCCUGGAUACAAACUUCGAGUGUUUCGCCGCGGAGCCCACCGCCUUGCUCGCUCGCCGCGCCGACCACCGCCACAGCCAAUAGCGAUUGGCCACGCGUCUCUCGUAGCCGCGGUGACACGGCGGGGGCCGUCUGUGAAUGACGUCACGAAUAAAGCGUAGUUCCACAAAGACAAGUGGUUUUAUAUUGUCUGUAUUAGAUUUUUUCUGCAAUAAUUGCAAGAAAUAUUGGUGGCUCUUAAUUGUAGUGUUUGUUUCUUUGCAUUGAAAUUUUUAGAGUAAUAAUAAAAAUAACUUUUCAUAGCCUUGCCAAAUUUGUCGCGAUUAAACGAAACGCUUUUUUUGCUAAAAGCUGUUUGGAUUGAUUAUGGACACACAAAAUGGUAAUAAGCAUUUUUUAUACAAAUACGGAAAAAAAAUUGGCAAAAACAAUCAAGUACUUCCUAGGUUCAGUAGAGAAAUAUGAUACAGACACCAAUUAAUAUCUUAUAUUCGUGAUGUUAUUUACGGAUGACCCCGUUGCUUCCAGACUGCCACCAGCGUGGUGAGUCAAACUCAGUUCUCAAGUACAGUAAAAACCCCAAAUAUUUGGAAGCUUUUGUAAAUUGUUAAAUAUCGUUCUUAAUUGGUGUUAUACCUUUUGACUAACAACUCUUGUGACACCCAAGGGCUUAAUGUGGUCGGGGGCAAUGAGUAUUAUAAUAAAACCUUAAUAAGGUGUUUUGUUUCACGACUUGCGCAGCUAUUACUACUAUUAAAAUGUC